AUCUCCUUCUUCUUUCUUCCCCCCUCCCUGUGUGAUCUUGUUUUGGGUUCUGCUUUCUUCCUCGCACUGUGCUCUGCGAGCGCGCCCUGACUCAUCCUCCCCUGCUCUAUCCCUCUCUGCAUUACUCUCACCGGCCCUCUGUCUCACACACACACCCUGCCUGCUCUCCAUUUAUUAUAGCCUCUCUGUGCUUUCAUUUACAAUGGCAGGAGGACUAAAAGAUAGACAUUUUUAUUUAUAUAUUCCCCUUUUUAAUUUGCCUUAAUUUCUCCAUUUAUUUAUAUUUUUAUUAUUAUUAUUAUUAUUAUUUGUUUUCUCUUCUAUGACCUGAUUUUUCAUGCUCAUGCUUUUAUCCCAUUUUGUCCAGUGGAUAAUCCCAGCCUGUCAUUCUCUCCUUUGUGGAUUUUCUCAAUCACCAUUCUUGCUGGUAGCAGUAAACUGGAAUACAUUAAUUUCUAUCUUUGCUGGGAUAUUACUUGGAAGUUGGGACGGCGUCCGUUCAAAACGACGAGUUGGCACCGAUGCCUCCCAAAAUGGCAUCCGUACGGUUUACAGUGACCCCUACGAAGAUGGACGAUCUAGGGGGAAUCUCGGACACAAGCCCUGAUCUUAGCUCCUCCUCUCGCGUCCGAUUUAGUUCCCGUGAGAGUGUGCGUGAUGCGAGUCGCAGUGAAGCUUACAGUGACAGCUCAUUGGCAACCACCGCUGUGGAACCGACUAGUGAAAGGACCACCAACCCAAUGGACAGCGGAGAAGAUCGGAGCCAGACAUCAGUAACGGAAGAGAACAGCAAACUGCUAGACAUUGACCGCAGGAAGAAUUCAUCUUUGUACCAGAACCACAAUGAAAAGGAUGAAGAAUCUUAUGACCGUAAUCUUGCUCUGUUUGAGGAAGAAAUGGACACUCGUCCCAAGGUGUCUUCUUUGUUGAAUCGUUUGGCCAAUUACACCAACCUCCCGCAGGGUGCUAAAGAGCAUGAGGAGGAGAGUGAGGGCAAAAAGAAGCAUUCUAAAUCCACUCGAAUGGGCACUAUUAUGGGAGUGUACCUUCCUUGCCUGCAAAACAUUUUUGGCGUGAUCUUGUUUCUCCGUCUUCCCUGGGUCGUGGGGACUGCUGGAGUUCUGCAUUCCUUUUGCAUUGUGUUUUCUUGCUGCUGCUGUACAAUGCUUACAGCCAUUUCUAUGAGUGCAAUUGCAACAAAUGGAGUAGUACCAGCGGGUGGUUCAUAUUUUAUGAUAUCACGGGCUCUUGGCCCAGAAUUUGGAGGAGCUGUUGGUCUAUGUUUUUAUCUGGGAACAACGUUUGCUACUGCGAUGUACAUCCUUGGGGCCAUUGAAAUAUUCCUGGUUUAUAUUGCACCCGAUGCAGUAAUAUUCCAAGGUCAGGGAGCAGCAGAGGAAUCUGCAGCUAUGUUAAACAACAUGCGAGUAUAUGGGUCUGGAUUCCUUCUCAUCAUGUCAUUCAUCGUAUUUGUUGGUGUACGCUACGUGAACAAGCUGGCUUCUCUAUUCCUGACCUGUGUCAUACUGUCUAUUUUAGCCAUCUACACAGGGGCUCUAAAAUCUGCCUUCGCUCCACCUGAAUUUCCAGUAUGCAUGCUUGGCAACCGCACACUGUCAAGUCUCCAUUUUAGCCAGUGUGCCAAAACAGUGGAGACUGACAACGUAACUUAUACCACCGACUUGUGGGAUCUCUUUUGUCAACCGCCCGGACAGUUGAAUGCAACUUGCGAUGAGUACUUUAUACACAACAAUGUAACCAUCAUCCAAGGGAUCCCAGGCAUGAGCAGUGGAAUCAUCUCUGAGAACAUCUGGAGCAAUUACCUUCAGAAAGAAGAAAUUAUAGAGAAAGUUUCUUUAACGUCUGAGGAUGAACCAGGCGCUUUCUCUCAUGAAUAUGUUGUGACUGACAUUACAACCACUUUUACCUUGCUUGUUGGAAUCUUCUUUCCAUCUGUUACAGGAAUUAUGGCUGGGUCGAAUCGCUCCGGGGAUCUCAAGGAUGCUCAGAAAUCCAUACCAAUUGGCACUAUUCUUGCAAUCCUUACCACAUCGUUAGUCUAUCUCAGCAAUGUAAUCUUGUUUGGAGCCUGCAUAGAUGGAGUGGUGCUCAGGGACAAGUUUGGAGAUGCGGUGAAGGGGACAUUGGUAGUAGGAGCCCUCUCAUGGCCGUCACCAUGGGUCAUUGUGAUUGGAUCAUUCUUCUCUACUUGUGGUGCAGGUCUGCAGAGUCUGACCGGAGCUCCUCGUCUUCUGCAGGCUAUAGCCAAAGAUGGAAUAAUCCCCUUCUUAAGGGUAUUUGGUCAUGGAAAGAGUAACGGGGAACCAACAUGGGCCCUUCUCCUUACAGCUGUGAUUGCCGAACUGGGGAUUCUCAUUGCUUCUCUAGAUCUGGUUGCCCCGAUUUUGUCAAUGUUUUUCUUGAUGUGUUAUCUCUUUGUGAAUUUGGCCUGUGGAUUACAGACUCUACUUCGUUCUCCAAACUGGCGCCCUCGCUUCCAGUAUUACCACUGGACCCUGUCUUUCUUGGGAAUGGCACUAUGCUUGGCACUCAUGUUUAUCUCCUCCUGGUAUUAUGCCCUCAUUUCCAUGGUCAUCGCUGGCAUGAUCUACAAGUACAUUGAAUACCAUGGGGCUGAAAAAGAAUGGGGUGAUGGGAUUCGUGGUCUGUCCCUAAGUGCAGCUCGAUUUGCCCUCUUGCGACUGGAAGCAGGACCACCACAUACCAAAAACUGGAGGCCGCAGCUGCUUGUUCUGGUAAAACUGGACUCUGAUCUACAUGUGUCUCGUCCUCAUCUUCUCUCUUUUGCAUCUCAACUAAAGGCUGGAAAGGGUCUUACAAUUGUAGGAUCUGUCCUAAUUGGGGAUUACCUAGAGAAUUACGGGGAGGCGGUGGCAGCAGAACAGGCACUGAAACAUAUGAUGGAGCAGGAGCGUGUAAAGGGUUUCUGUCAAGUGGUUGUAGCACAGAAGCUGAAAGAGGGCCUGUCACAUCUCAUCCAGUCCUGUGGUCUUGGAGGAAUGAGACACAACACUGUAAUUAUGGGCUGGCCUAAUGGCUGGAGGCAGAGUGAAGACUCCCGUGCUUGGAAAUCCUUCAUCACUACAGUGCGUGUUACUACAGCAGCCCGGCAGGCACUCCUGGUUGCGAAGAAUAUAUCUUUGUUUCCUGGUUCCCGGGAGCCUCUGUCAGAAGGGCACAUAGAUGUGUGGUGGGUCGUACAUGAUGGAGGCAUGCUAAUGCUUCUGCCUUUCUUGCUGAAACAGCACAAAGUAUGGCGUAAAUGUAAGAUGCGUAUAUUCACUGUUGCUCAGAUGGAAGAUAACAGCAUUCAGAUGAAGAAGGAUCUGGCUACUUUCCUCUAUCACCUGCGUAUUGCAGCUGAGGUGGAAGUGGUGGAAAUGCAUGACAGUGACAUUUCUGCAUAUACUUAUGAGCGAACGCUAAUGAUGGAGCAGAGAUCACAAAUGCUGCGACAAAUGCGCCUCUCAAAGACUGAUCGGGAACGAGAGGCUCAGCUUGUGAAAGACCGUAAUUCUAUGCUGCGUCUGACAAGCGUUGGCUCUGAUGAAGAUGAUGACACAGAUGCUGGCCCGAACAAAGUGCACAUGACAUGGACCAAAGACAAACAUCAUGCUGUUCGUGUUGCCCAAAGCAAACCAAUGCCUAGCUUCCAGGACCUGCUUAGUAUGCGACCGGAUCAGUCUAAUGUGCGACGCAUGCACACAGCAGUGAAACUGAAUGAAGUCAUUGUUAAUAAAUCUCAUGACGCCAAACUAGUUCUGCUCAAUAUGCCGGGCCCCCCACGUAAUCCACAGGGUGAUGAAAACUAUAUGGAGUUUCUAGAAGUACUGACUGAAGGUCUGGAGCGUGUGCUAUUAGUAAGAGGAGGUGGAACGGAGGUGAUCACAAUCUACUCCUAACAGUGGACUUUGGAUGUAACACAUUUCCACAGCACAUUAGGCCAGCUCAGUUUCUGAAAGCAGACCUCUCUGUAUUAUAAGGAGGUGACAGCUGGCUUUAGGGUGGAGAUAAAGAGACUGUAUCUUUAUAAUCCUCCUUCAUCUGCUUCAGAGCAAACCGCAAGGAAAGUACUCUUCAGGAAUUUUUUUUUUUUUUUCACCUUUAUGAAUGCCAAAGGCAAAUUUAUUUUCUCCCAAAGAGCAGAUAAAAAAAUUGGCCAGUCCCCCUGCCCCCUUUGUAGUACUGGAGAAGAGGCUCAAGCCAGAACUGUGACAUGGCACACACCUCUCUACAGAAGUGUUGCAUCAAAUGCUUGGUGUAAACUGUGCUGUUGGAUAUUUACAAAAGUCACAUUUUUUAAAAGCUCAAAGUUUGGUAUGCUUGUCAGAUAACUAUUUAUUUAGGAUUUACUCCCAAUUGUUAAAGGUACACUCUGAGCACCAAUAUAACUUGGAAUGCAUUUGAUAAAUCUUUUAAUUUUAUAUUUUUGGCAUGUUCAAAUCUUUGCAUAAGUCUGCCUACGUAGCCACACACCUUAUCACAUAUAUGAACUACAAAAUUCCCUGCAUUAAAAGAAGAGACAGUCUGCAGUCAGGUUGUGAAUUAAAAUCAUCUCACUCAAGACUGUUAGAGGCUGAGCUGUAUGCAGAUAUUUGUCUUUCUGGCAUGAGGGGGAUGUGGCUAUGAUGCAGCAUUCUGCAAAACAUUUUUUUUUUUUAUUUUGUGUGCAAAAACUAUAGAUUUGAGCACACAACUAAAUCAAGCAUAUUAAGGUCUACCAAAUUCAUUAAAUUGUGUUGGUCCCUGCGGUGUCUCAAUUGUUAUGGAGUGCUUUAGUACAGAGUCUACUAGUACCAGUCCUCAAGACCAAGAGUUUUUUUGCUAUGUCUUUUCCAUAGAUGACAUGUUGAGGAAUGGUGCUGGUAGCUGCUGCUUUAGCUCUUCUUAACCUCUUACAGAGGCGGGCAGUGCUGAUCCAUGGGUGCAAUUAAUAUGCCAUAUAUUGUGAUUAUUCCAUGCACUACAUCAAAUCAAACAUGAGAAUACAUUUACAUUAUCAGUUCUGUCCUGUGUACAGGUGUAAAUAUAAAUACAAUUUUCCCUAUGUAGAUUGCUACCAGAUAACCAUUGUGGAUAUUACCACAGUGUAAAUAUAAUCCAGUACUUGCUAGUUCACAGGUUAAUAUAAAUACUUGUGCCAUGCACUCAGUUGGCAAACAUUGACUGGGCAUCAUCUUGUGUAUGUAGUGCUAGAUUGAAUCAGCAAAGCCAAACAUUGCGCACUGCAGUUUGACUUGAAAAAUAAUAAAAAUGUUAUCCUGUUCCAAAAAGCUCAAGAGAGAUCACGGAGUAAUGUAAUUAUGUUGCAUGACCCACAGUUGGGAUGGCAACACAGAUUGCAACAGUAAUGUAGUUACCAUUUGUUUUAGAUCCUACUUUAGUUUUGUGGUUUUUUUUAAAUGUUAUUUAAAGACUAGAGUUUGUUAAAUGUGUAUUAUUAUAAGGCUAUGCAUUUAAUAUUAAAAGAACAUUUCAUUAUGCAUAUGACACAUUCCUAAUUUUUUAUUUCUUUUUAAAAAAAGCGCCAAUAAUCUACCUGUGAUUAAUGUAUUGAUUUUAACUACUUAGUAGACAUACGCACAUUUAUUUCUUGUUUUCUAGGGUGUAUCUAAAAAUAGCUUGCAAAAGCUUCAGAUUUCUUGUCUGCAGCCUUUGCAAGUUCCUUUUUCCCCAAGUACAAAGUCUGCUCCCAAUUAUAAACAUGUCACAUAUGUGACAGGUUCCAGACACAUGAAGCACUUCAAGCUGAAUUGCCUUAUGUGUGUAGCUUGUUCCUUAGUGGCGAUAUCUUAAGAUUCAAAAAAAAAAUUUUUUUAAAGAAGGCAGGCUGCAUAUAGUUUUAUUCAUGAAAAACAUGACUUAAGCUAUUCGAGAAGUUAAUAGAUGCUGGACAUCUUUAUAUUUUUUGUGGUGCAGAAUAACUUUAUCCAUGUUUUAUGUUCUAUGAAGAAAACCAUUUGUGGUUUGACUUAAAGCCUACAAGUACAAAACUUGCCUGAGAGAGGGACACAGUCUAUAUAGGAUUAGAAGUCUCAGCAGCUGUUUCUAACAAAUUGGUUCUAAAGUACUCAAAUGUAGGGAGACAAAUUUGUAUGCCAUUUCACCAUAACCGCUGCAUCAGUUGGUGAUUGAACCGUCACUUUAAAAAUACAAAUUCCAUUAUUUACUUUUCAAGAAUGCUAUGCAAUUAUUGUAUUUACCUUUUUACUUGUAUCAACCUUGUUUAUUAAACUGCAAAUCUCUCCUGA